CUAGGCAUGCAGACUGCUUCUUCAAACAUUUGCAAAACAAUGGGUCUCUCUCAGGAGCUCAGUGAAUUCAAGCAUGGUACCGUAAUAGGUUGCCUCUUGUGCAAUAAGUCCAUCCCAGACAUUAUCUUGCUACUAAAUAUUCCACGGUCAACCGUGAGUGGUAUUAUAACAAAGUGGAAGGAACUGGGAACAACAGCAACUCAGCCAUGAUGUGGUAGGCCACAUAAAAUGACAGAGCAUGCUGAAGUGCGCAGUGCGCAGAAGUCGCCAGCUGUCUGCAGAGUCAAUAGCUAAAGACCUCCAAACUUCAUGUGGCCUUCAGAUUAGCACAACAGCAGUGCAUAGAGAGUGUCAUGAAAC